CCUGGCGUGGACGCCCGGAGCGCCCCUUCCGCCCACGCGGGUUCGGUCCUGACGCUUCUUUCCCGGAGCGUCCGCCUCGGGAGGGUUGUUGAGGCCUGAGGAGAGUGACUACAUCUGAAAGCCUGGGGCUCACCACUCAGAAUCCUUCUGUGCCCAGGAUUAAAGCAAACCUCCCUUUUGACCUGUCAGAGAGAAAUCCAUCUGCCUAGAACAUGGCAGGUAAGAAAGUGCUCAUUGUUUAUGCGCACCAGGAGCCCCAGUCUUUCAACGGCUGUCUGAAGAAAGUGGCUGUGGAGACCUUGAGCAAGCAGGGCUGCACCGUCACCGUGUCUGACCUCUAUGCCAUGGGCUUUGAGCCGAGAGCCACAAGGAACGACAUCACUGGUGCUCUCUCUAAUCCCGAGGUCUUCAGUUACGGGGUGGAAGCAUAUGAAGCCUACAAGAAGCGGUCUCUUACCAGUGACAUAGUCGAUGAACAGAAAAAGGUUCAGGAAGCUGAUCUAGUGAUAUUUCAGUUCCCGCUGUACUGGUUCAGCGUGCCGGCCAUCCUGAAGGGCUGGAUGGACAGGGUGCUGUGCCAGGGGUUUGCCUUCGACCUCCCAGGAUUCUACGAUUCCGGGUUUCUCAAGGGUAAACUGGCCCUCCUUUCCAUAACCACGGGCGGCACGGCCGAGAUGUACACAAAAACCGGAGUCAGUGGAGAUUUUAGAUACUUCUUGUGGCCCCUCCAGCAUGGCACCUUGCACUUCUGUGGAUUUAAAGUGCUCGCCCCCCAGAUCAGUUUUGCUCCUGAGACUGCAUCAGAAGAGGAAAGAAAGCAGAUGGUGGCAUCUUGGGCCCAGAGGUUGGAGACCAUCUGGAGGGAAGUGCCCAUCCCCUGCAUGCCCCCUUGGUACUUUGGGCAGUAACAUCACGUGAGCAACACGCUAGGAGAUGCAAGCGCACGGGAAGAGAAGAUGCUGCUGUAAUAAAACUCAAUUACAACAAG